AUGCAUACCAAGUUGCUUUUUAUGGACGCUUUCAUCCAGAAUAACCGAGUACCUAAUAUUAUACAGUUAAUGUCCUAUCAUCCAGACUAUCUUGAUUGUUUCUUAAAGACCCAGCAUUAUCUUCUUCAUGAGGAUGGUCCAUUACCAUUUGAUUAUAGGCAUUAUAUAGCCAUAAUGGCAUGUGGUAGACAUCAGUGUAGCUAUCUUAUCAAGCUGCAGGCACAAGAAUUCUUAUUGCAUGGUGGAAAUGCUGACUGGUUAAAAGGAAUUGAUUACAUUCCUCAAAAAUUGAAAGACUUCCUUGAAAUAAACAAAAUAUUGGCUCACAGACCAUGGUUAAUUACAAAAGAACAUGUUGAGAAAUUAAUAACAGGCAAAAAUCGCUGGAGUUUAUCAGAAUUGACCCAUGCCAUUAUUUUAUGCACACAUUUCCAUGCUCUUUCAACGUUUGUGUUUGGAUGUGGACUAAAUGAUGAAAUUGACUUUGCCAAUGGUCACACUUUCUCACCAAGUUAUGUAGAUGAUAAUGAUAAUUAUUCUAGUGAUAGUUCAAAUGAUAAUUGUGACAUUAAUAAUAAUAAUAUUGUUCUAUUCCAGUCUAAAGAUGAUGAGGGAAGUUUGCGAGCUUUAAUGGCACGUAUGAAAGAAUUGAGUGAAAAGAAAGAGGAAGAAGAGCUUACUGUAGAAGAAAGAUUAAAAGAAUUUGCUAAAGUUGAAAGUUUAAGUGCUGAGAUUGCCACCAGUCAAAAAAUUCCAUCUCCAAGUGCUGAUGUACUGCGUUAUGUUGAAGAUCCAACAUUUGCAUACACUGAUUUCGCUACAAGGGAGUCAGUUAUGGAAAUUCCCUCUUUUCGAGCUAAUGAAUAUUCAUGGGAAGAACAUGGUUUUUCACUGGCUAAUAGGUUAUAUAGUGAUAUUGGUUCAUUACUUGAUGAUAAAUUCAAUAUGGCCUACAAUUUGACCUAUUACACGAUGGGAGACAAUACUCAAGUAGACACGUCCUCGUUUCGUAAAGCAAUCUGGAGUUAUAUUCACACAAUGUAUGGAAUCCGUCAUGAUGACUAUAAAUAUGGUGAAGUAAAUCAGUUAUUAGAAAGAAAUCUCAAAGCUUACAUCAAAACAGUUACCUGCUAUCCAGAACGAUUAACAAAGAAAGAUUAUGAUGGUGUAAUGAGGGAGUUUAAACAUUCAGAGAAGGUACAUGUUAAUCUGAUGUUAUUAGAAGCCAGACUACAGGCUGAACUGUUAUAUGCAUUGAGAGCCAUAAUGAAAUACAUGACGUGA